UUUCGGUGGAACAGACUAAAUUGAGAAAAAUUAUUAAGUUAUUUACAUAAACAGCUGCGUGUAAUUUCGGACAAGGGAGCUCAGUAAUUAUGCUCCGCCUAUCGACUUUGAAAGUGCUCACAGAGACGGCCACUAGACAAAAUAGUUUCAACAACAAUGCAAGAUAUCAGUCAAAAAAACCGGAGACCUACUACGAUGUGUUAAAUGUUAAUCAAGAUUGCAGCAAGCGGGACAUACGCAAUGCCUACCUGAAACUGUCCAAGCAGUAUCAUCCUGAUGUGAUGAAUAACGCAGCGAGUGUGGAGAAAACAGCACGAUUUGUAAAAAUCACAGAGGCUUAUCAGACAUUGGUGAAGGCGUCAUCCCGUAGAGAUUAUGACGAAAGUUUAUCAUGGAAUCCGGGCGCGAUGCGCGAAACAAUUCCACCCUGGGAUGUUAGGCCCAAUUAUAGCGCAAACCCUGGCCCAUAUUAUGGCAUCAAGGGCUUAAAUCGUGUCUCCAACUGGCAGGUAGCCUUAUUUCUCCUCUCGCUCGGCUUAAUAGGUGCAAUCUUUGGUUUCAGCUCGGUGAGACAUUCAUUCGAGCUAAGCCGUCAAUAUCAGGACGAUGUCUCAGCGGAGGCGAGUUCUCACCAUGCGGCCGUAAGAGCCGAUGCGCAAAAAUAUGGCAAUGAAGAGCAAAUGCGUCGAAUGGUGGAGCGCCUGGCCAGAGAUCCGAUUGCCAGGGCUGCAGCCAAAUAAAAUCAUGUUAUUAAAUAUGUAAAUAGACCAAAUUCUUUGUAAAUAGAUUUGCAAACAACAAUA